UACAUAGCAGGCGCAAAUCUGUUGAGUUGUCAUUUUUUUGUUCGUUUACAUUGUGCUGAGGAGAAACCAAAUAUUAACUAACUAGAAAACAGUUACGGCUGUACGGGGAAAAAGGAGCUAAGAAAUUACCCCACCUAUUGCUGGUUAAUUUCUGUCCUUGGAUUGAAUUACAGAGCUUCAAUGAUGGAUCUGGUGUGGCUCUUAUACAUCGGAGCGAGUAUAUGCGCUUUCCUUGUCUCUGCCGAGAGGCACACUGUUUUCUGGAAUAGUACCAACCCCAAGUUCCGAUGGGAUGACUAUGCGGUUGAGGUACGGUUGAAUGACUAUCUGGACAUUGUGUGCCCACACUACCCACUGGGUGAGGUACCGUCGCAGGACGCGGAGCGUUACGUGCUCUACAUGGUUGAACAUGAAGAUUACAAUUCCUGCCGUCCACAGUCCUACGACCAGAUGCGCUGGGAAUGCGGCCACCCAUUCGCCCCACACGCACCUGAGAAGUUUUCCGAGAAGUUCCAGCGCUUCACUCCGUUCACUCUGGGAAAAGAAUUCCGACAGGGAGAAAGCUACUACUAUAUCUCCAAACCACUGCACCACCAUGGACAGGAGUGUAUGAGGCUUAAAGUGAACGUAGUUGCCAAUGAUGGCUCCCAAGAAGCCAGGGUUGGCACAGGAGGUGGAGCCAAGGUGGGAACAGAGGGAGGAGCCCACACACCAUCCAAUCGGUUACCAGCAGACGAUCCAGUCGUUGCUCUUCCUGAAGUACAGAAAAGCACGCGGACAAACUCUGCAAUUUCAGUAGCAUCCUGGACCGUGCUCACAACGUUACUCCCCCUCUUAUUAUUGCUGGUCUUACACUGAGAUGAUAAUUGGACUCCAAAUUACACUUACAAAAGACUACAAUGACAGCGUCAUGUGUUGAUGAAAACGCACAGGGGUAGCUCUUUAUAAACCCAGUGCUGGACAUUGGGGGAAACGGACAGGAAGUAGAGCUCUCUCACACUGCUGGUGCAAACUGAGAAAGCAUAACUGGAAUGAAGAGGGCUUUGAACUUUCUUACGUAUGGACCCUUCUAAAGAAAAAAAAACAAUGAGACGUCAGUAUUUUUCUGGAAAGAUAAUUCAUGCAAAGGGAGAUUUUUGUUCCCUUUUGUUUUUUCUUUAAAUUACGUAUACAUUUCUAACUACACAAAACCUGGAAAGGAACCAACUGAAACAAUAGCACCAUUUGAAUUGUAAUAGCAUGUUCUUCAAAUAUGGACAACCCCUAUAUUUGAGUGUCAUAAUUGGGGGACGCAAGCCAAGAAUGAGCCAAAGACCACAGAGCUUCUCACGAAAGAGUAGAGCGAUCAAACCUUUCAUUGUUUACUCAUUUUUGUUGAUCCAGAGAAAUAUUUGAUAUACGUGUUAAUUUAUGUAGCAUCAGUUCAGUGGGGUUUAUUCUCAUCCUCUCAUGAUUUUACAAAAACCUGGCAUUUAACCCAGGAAACACACACACACACACACACACACACACAAAUCACACUCUGAUACUGUUUACCAAACCCACUGACACACUUGCUGAUCCAGAAUUGCUGUGUUGUUUUUGUAAAUUCAUUGUUUGAAGAGUUAGUAAAUUAUUAGUUUUGCUGCAGAACAAAUGACUGUAUACAGCAAACAAAAAUGUUACUGUGUGAAAGGGAAAGAGAGAGAGAGAGAGAGUAAUAGUGAGCGGGUCAGUGUGUAUGUAAAUGUGUAAAUGUUGGAGAAAGGGGGAAAGGUAACAAAAAGGAAAUGAUGUCGAUUGGACAAAUACACACACUGCCUCUCAAGUGUGUGGUUGUUAGCUGGAUGAGUUAGCUCGUGCACCCUCAGCAUUUAAACUGCCAAGCACAAUCAAUGAAAAACACACACUCAUACAUAAAAUGUAACAACAACAAAAAAUUACAGGUGUAAAGAAAUGCAUAUGUGGAAAGAAAUGCACACUGUAGUAGUUAUAAUUCUUUUCAACAGUUUUUAGAGCAAAUAUAAAGCUUUUUUAGUUUUUCCCCCUUAGAAAACUUUAGGUAAAACUGUGUAAUAUAAUCAGAAAAUACAAAAGAAAAGCAAUUAAACUAAGCUUACUAUGCCAAUAUUUUAGUGAUUGACCAAUAUCGGUUUGUAGAUACAGAUAUCUAGAGCGCUAGGUGGCUGAUACUCAAUGAAAGCUAUAAACAUACUGUAUAUAUAAUGCAAUUUAAUGAGAUGCAAAACAUUUAUGGAAAUUUAUGCAGAUUUACUUUCCCUACAUUUACUCAAAUGUUACCGCAAAUACUGAAAAAUGUGCAUUAUUCAUUGGCUGACGGGAGAUUUUGAAACUGACACAAGAGGGAAUCGGCCAAGCAGGCAGUUAUUCACAAGUGCCGAUAAUCUAAAAAUGGCCAAAUAUUGGAUGAUUAAUCGACCUGCCCAAUAUAUUGGUCUAUCACUAAGAUAUAUAAACACUCAAAUCAUUAAUGAGCAUUUCAAUUUCAUAACAAAAUUCCAUCAAAUUAAUUGGAGUAGUUUUUAACUAAAUAAUAAUAG